UCGACGAGCGCGUCCACGGACGAUCUGCGCGCCGCGUUUCGUCACUGCGUCGAAAUCGUUCGCGCGAGAGACUACGAAACCUAUCUCUGCACGCUCGCCCUGCCCCGCGCGAGCGCGCCCGCGGCGUUCGCCGUGCGCGCGCUGAACGCGGAGACCGGUUCGGUGGUCGGGAACGCGGAAUCCGUCGACGCGGCGGUGGCGCGGUUGAUGUGGUGGCGAGAGACGAUGACGGCGGGGAGCGCCGGGACACGGGCGGGUCACCCGGUGGCGCUCGCAACGCUCGCAGCGCUGGGAAACGAGCCGAACGCGCGCGCGAGAACUUGGAUGCGACGAAUGAUUGAGGCGAGGAUCGCGGACGCGCGCUCGGAUGGACCGCCGCGGACGAUUGCAGAUCUAGAGCGGUAUGCGAGCGACGCGCACGGGAGCGCGUUGACGCUCGCGCUCGACGCGUGCGGAGUCAGGAAUGCGGACGCGGAUCACGCGGUGAGUCACUUAGGGCAAGCGAUAGGACUAAGUGCGUUAUUGCGCGGUACCGUGGCGCACGCGAAACAGCGUCGAUGUUACUUACCGAGCGACGCGUGCGCGCGGCACGGGGUGAGCACCGAGAGCGUCUAUCGCAUGGAGCCGAGCGAGGGCGUGCGUAACGUCGCGCACGAAGUCGCGAGCGCGGCCAAGGGGCAUUUAGAUAGCGCGCGCGCGAUGGCGAGCAGAGUUCCCGACGACGCCAAGCCGUUCCUUCUGCAAGCGGUCCCCGUUGGGAGGUAUUUAGACGCGCUCGAGGCGAGAGAUUUCGACGUUUUCGACGAAGCCGUCGCCAAGGGCGGCGCCCCGCUCUUGACGCAAGGCGCCAUCGCCUGGCACGCGUUCAAACGCGCGUAUUGA